ACCCUUCAUUCAUACACGAUGCGCUUUAUUGUACUUUAGAAUGGCAACUCUAACAGCGAAUACGCCACGCCUUCCUGAGCAUUGUCCCCAUAAAUUGCCUACCUCUUGCCUGCUUACAGCUACACCUCUCUGUUGUGCAUGCGCCGAUCGUCGUUCGCACUCCUCAUCUUAUUCGGUUUAUAUUGAUGGGGUGGGAUUUGUCCGUCGCGCUACACGAUGGCAGCGGUAUUGUUGGAUGUGUAAAGAGUUCUGGGACGCGAGAAUAGACGCUGCCAGCCCUCCGAUUCCGCCAUCUCAGACGAGGAUUCCCGAUAUACCCGACCAAUCCGAAUUUCUCGAGCGCUGGUAUGAUCACCAUCGAGGGUACAGGAGAGUGCAGCAUGAAGAUGGCUCGGAAGGGAGAAUUGAAGUUACCGGUGAGCCUCUGCAAGAGGUCGCUCCAGGCCGUCUCCCGAGAAGCUUGGAAGAACUACGUGAGGCCCAAAUAGAAGCGGAGCGACGUGAAGCUGCGAGUUCAGCGCUUCAGCGAGAGCAUGAAUCAGAGACAGCGGGGAGUCUUUCCUCGGCGCUGAGCGCAGCUUUGGAUGAAAUCCGAGCAGCCACCGGGUCCGAUCUGGACCCGGACCAAGACCCAGACGAAAGCGCCGAGGAUGUUUCAUCCAGAUUCACGGCCAUUGACAGAAACCUGAGAAGGAGACAUGGUGAUCAGGCAAUAUACAUCACUGCACUGCGAAGAGAGCUAGAGCAGCUUCGUAGCAGCACCGAGAGAGUAAUGGCCAGCCUACAUGGCCUAGGCGAACGCGCCGAGGAAUCCGCAGAAUCAUUGGCACGAUCUGACUCCAGAGAAACAAGUCUGGGCAGACUUCGCCAGCAAGGUUUCUUUGCCCAUGAAAGGAGGGCUCCUUCGGAGAGACCACUGCGAAGCGGGUUGGUUCCGACAGUUGGCCAGCCUGACAGUAGCCAAGUCAACGAUCCCAUGGUGUCGAUAUCAUCCAUCCAAAACCGACUUGAUGCAGCGAAUGCGGCUCUUGAGAGAGCUCGGCGUGCAAGGGAGAGAGCGGCAGACGAUCUUGAGGCAUCUGAAAGUAACGUACAAGCUGCGCGAGAACGUGUGCGAGAGCUCGAACGGGAGCAUCGCACCGUAGAGAAUUACACUCGUACAUUUGGCUCAAGGGAAGAGGUCGAAAGGCAAGGAGCCGAUUAUGAGAGUCCAAUUACAGGAAUGUUCAAUCGUGCCUGGGGUCGCUACAGAGAAAGAGAAGAGGAACAAAGACGAGAUCGUAUCUUACGAGAAAUCGUUGCAGCUGAGGAGCAAGUCAUGGAAGGAACCACCGGAGAGCCUUCAAGCGUAGCCGAAGCAAAUCGAGCGCUAGAGGAAACGAGAUUCAACAACGAGGCCGAUGAUGACGAUGAUAUGCUUAAUGAGUAUUAUGCGGGGCUGCGGGCUCAAGGUUGGUCACAAAUGCCCUGGGCGAGAGAUGUACCGGUCCCCCAGACACUAUCACCUACAAUGCAAUCUGGGGGUCAUAGCCCACAUGAUCGGAAUCGAAACGAGAGCAGUUCAUCGACUGCAACGGCAAAUCAAACGCUUGCCCAGGAUGGCCUGUUUGUGACUAGGUUUGAACCUAGAUUGCGCGAGCUCUCAUUGCUGGAUUCUCCUUCUAGGGAAUCGCUUCUCAGAUGGCUUCGCAUCAGAGCAAGCGCUCGAUUUGACUUGGUCAACGACCAUGAAGAGGAAGAAUCAGAGCCAGAAGGGGAGCGCAAAGGGCUAGAUAAUGAAUCAAGUGGAAGACCGCCACCGAAAGAGAGCGAGGAGCUAACCGUAAACCUCGAAUGCAAGAUAUGCUAUACGCAGCUUGCAGAUACGGUUGUGCUUCCAUGCGGGCAUCUGGUUAUGUGCCAAUGGUGCGCCGACAUGCACGUUCCUCCCCAUCGGCUUGACAAAACGAGACCAGCCACGACGGCCAGCUGCCCCUUGUGUCGAAAGAAGGUCAAGCAGAGAGCUCUGAUUUAUAGAGGGUAGACGGUUAAUGCAGGACGAGUGAGGGUGUUAUACGCUUGAAUUGUACUCAAUUGCAACUACUUUUAUCCAACAUGUCUGGUCCAUCUUCGCGGGGCGAUCUAGAAAUAGACUUUUUCGAUACCUGAAUAAUAACGACUUCAUGCAAAUGUGUGCAGUGCCUUGUCAAGAUCAUUGAGAAAUGGGCUACACAUUAGCUAAUCUCAAUUGCAACUUACAUUUCUGUUAAUUCUGUUUAUUUCUCCAGGUCUAAUUGCAAUACGGAGGAGGCGUUCCAGUUGUUAGAGAAAGCAGCCGUAGAAUGGGUCUGUCCUCGCUAUCCGAUAUCGUUGGGG